CAUCAGGACCAGAACGCACAGAGAGGCUGUCACAAGGAUGAAGUUACAUGCGUGAGAUCUCUGUAAACAUUUUGACGCGCGCAAAAAGAUAUUCGUUGCCAAUACGUCCGUUCGGUUUUACUACGUCUGUAGCUAUAGAUAAGAGAAGAGUCAGUAAUACAUUAAACAAACCUCGCGUAAAAAGCAGAUGCUACGUACCGAUGUUUGUGCCGGGAACGAAGGUGGCAAUAAAUCUAAGCGAUUUGCAUCGCCAUUUUCACUGACGUUGAACAUUGCUGUAUUUUGGGAAAGGAUAAAAGCGCAAUUCCUUUUCCACACCAAUGUGAGGAGGUUUCUUGUUUAAAUGGACGCUUUGGUCUAGUGGGAUGCACAUCAAUGUGUUGCCGUACUCGCUCUCCGUCGUAAUGGCCGCUCUUUAUCAGAGCACGGACACCUCUUCUCCGGACAAAUAUCUGGCCCUCAAAGACGUGAGAGAGGUGAAAGAAGAGACGACCCUAGACGAAAAGCUGUUUUUACUGGCAUGCGAGAAAGGUGACUACUACAUGGUGAAAAAACUACUGGAGGAAAAGAAACUUGGUGAGCUGAACAUUAAUUGUGUGGAUGUGCUGGGGCGUGAUGCCGUCACCAUCGCCAUAGAGAAUGAGAACCUGGACAUCCUGCAACUUCUGCUGGAACAUGGCUGUCAGGCGACAGAUGCCCUGUUAGUGGCCAUAGACUCCGAGGUGGUGGGAGCUGUUGACAUCCUGCUAAACCAUCGCCCACGGAGGGCCUCCAAGCCCUCUAUUGCGAAACUGAUGCAGCGUAUCCAGAACCCAGAGUACUCCACCACAAUGGAUGUGGCCCCGGUCAUCCUUGCAGCCCACCGGAACAACUAUGAGAUCCUGACCAUGCUGCUGAAGCAGGACAUCUCCCUGCCCCGGCCGCACGCUGUGGGGUGCGAAUGCACCCUCUGCAAUGCCAAGAACAAGAAAGACAGCCUGCGCCACUCCAGGUUUCGUCUGGAUAUCUACCGCUGUCUGGCCAGCCCCUCCUUGAUCAUGCUGACAGAGGAAGACCCCAUUUUACGGGCAUUUGAACUGAGCUCUGACCUCAAGGAGCUCAGCCUUGUCGAAGUGGAAUUCAGAAAUGACUAUGAGGAGUUGGCUAAGCAGUGUAAAAUGUUUGCCAAAGACCUCCUGGCUCAGGCGCGCAACUCAAGGGAAUUAGAGGUCAUCCUCAACCACACAUCCAGUGAUGAACACAUGGACAAGAGGGGCCUACUGGAGGAGCGUAUGAACCUCAGCCGUCUCAAACUGGCUAUCAAGUAUAACCAGAAAGAGUUUGUAGCACAGUCCAACUGCCAGCAGUUCCUCAACACCGUGUGGUUCGGCGAGACGGCAAGCUACAGACGAAAGCACACGUGCCUGAAGAUCCUAACGGUGCUUACCGUGACGAUGCUGUGGCCGCUCCUAUCCCUCUGCUACCUAUUCGUGCCCCGCUCACGCGUGGGCCAGGUCAUCCACACACCCUUCGUCAAGUUCAUCAUCCACAGCGCCUCCUACUUCACCUUCCUGCUGCUGCUCAACCUCUACUCGCUGGUGUACAACGAGGGCAAAAAGAACACCAUGGGCCCGCCCCUGGAGUUGAUCGACUACCUGCUCAUCCUCUGGAUUAUCGGAAUGGUGUGGUCCGACGUGAAGCGGCUCUGGUACGAGGGGCUGGAGGACUUCCUGGAGGAGUCUCGCAACCAGCUGAGCUUCGUCAUGAACUCGCUCUACCUGGCCACAUUCGCGCUCAAAGUGGUGGCGCACAGCAAGUUCAAAAAUGUGGAGGACACAGAGAGGAAGAACUGGGAUGCGUUCCACCCCAUCCUGGUGGCGGAGGGGCUGUUUGCCUUUGCCAACGUGCUGAGUUACCUGCGCCUCUUCUUCAUGUACACCACCAGCUCCAUCCUGGGGCCCUUACAGAUAUCAAUGGGUCAAAUGCUACAGGAGUUUGGGAAGUUCCUGGGCCUCUUCCUACUGGUUCUCAUCUCUUUCACCAUUGGGCUGACUCAGCUCUACGGAAAAGACCAGAAGGACCCUGCCAAGAGUGUGACCAAAGACUGUGAGGGCAUUUUCUGCCAGCGACAGAGCAAUGACACUUUCCACACGUUCAUGGGCACCUGCUAUGCGUUGUUCUGGUACAUCUUCUCCCUGGCCCAUGUGGCCCUGUUCGUUACCAGAAUCACCUACAAUGAAGAAGGGCGCUCCUUCGUGGGUGCCCUCAUCGUGGGAACCUACAACAUUGUGGUGGUUAUCGUCCUCACCAAGCUUCUGGUGGCGAUGCUACACAAGAGCUUCCGUCAGAUUGCUAACCAUGAGGACAAGGAGUGGAAGUUUGCCAGGGCGAAGCUGUGGCUUAGCUACUUUGACGACAAGUGCACUCUGCCACCCCCCUUCAACAUUCUCCCUUCCCCAAAAACCGUCUGCUACCUGGUGACCAGCAUGAGCAAGUGGAUCUGCUCACACACGUCCACUGGCAAGGUCAAGAGACAGAACAGUCUGAGGGAGUGGAGGAACCUGAAACAGAAGCGUGAUGAGAACUAUCAGAAGAUCAUGUGUUGCCUGGUUCACCGCUACCUAACCUCCACUCGCCAGAAGAUGCAAAGCACGGACCAGGCCACUGUGGAGAACCUCAAUGAUCUCCGUCAGGACCUCUCCAAAUUCCGUAAUGAAAUGAGGGACUUGCUGGGAUUCCGUACUUCCAAGUACGCUAUGUUUUAUCCCAGGAGUUAAGGCUCCCCUCUCAACAUCUCUCCCCCCAUGGCUACAUUUGACUUAGCAUGCAUGGAAAUUUCCACUGCUGCUGCUUUGGCACACAGAAGGAUGGAACAACCUGGAACUCCACUGGAACAAGUAUUCUCUGUUAAAGUAUCAAAUUGUCAGCCUUGUAUUAUAUGUUUUCAUUUCACUUGUUUUCUAAAAAUGGCAUUCUCAACAACAAAUAAAAUGAUUAAUAAAGAUUUAUGAAUACAAUAA